UCCCGCCCAUGCCAAGCCCGAUCCCAGCCCGCUUGAUGGCCCAGUUCUGCAGCGUGUUUCCUUGGCCCAAUUGCAGUGCGUCCGCGGCCCAAAUGCUCCAGCAUAGCCCAGGUAGCAGAGUCCUGGCCCAGAUACUCUCUUGCGCGGCCCAGAUGCAGUCCAAGCGGCCCAGCGUGCGGUCUAGCAGCUCAGCUCGAGUCCAGCAGCUACCAGGUUGUCCAGAAAGCUUCAGAAUGGUCCAUCACACUCCAGAUCGGCCCAGCAGCGUGGCAGCAUGGUACAACCCAGUUCAGGUGGAUCCAGUAGCUCCGGUUCGAGUCCAAGAUGGUUCCCGAGCAUCGCCUCACACGGACCGCCUCUUGCGCGCCGCCCAAACGUGCACCGCCCGUCCGCUCUCCUAUUCCUUGGCGCGCGGAGCAUCGCGCGCCUUGUCCUGCACGCAUGCGCCUGCCGCCUCCGCCUCGCCUAGUCCCGCGCGGACUGGGCUUCGCUCAUCCGCCUCGCACGCGCUCGUCAUCUCUCGCGCCCGGCAUCCGCCGCCUUCCCUUCGCGUGUGCGUGUCUAGCAUUCCUAAGCCUGCGAGGCUUAGGUCUCCGCCCGCGUUAUUACUCCACUCGCGCGCCCAUGCGCGCGCACCGCUAUCGUUGCCCUACUCCCGCACGUCCCAACCACCUCCGCGGUUGCUGCCCACGCUCGAUGCCCCCGCACCCUUCUCGCGUUCGUCUGCCAGCUCGCGCGUACCAUCGACGCCCGUGCCCAAAUUACCUACCGCGCACCCGCGUGCACCAAGUUCUCCGCGCGUGCUGCCAGUGCCCGUGGCCUGCUCGCCCGCCGAUGCGUGCCAUUCGCCCAUUAGCCAAACUCCGUCGACCCCUUUGUUGCCGCUCGACCCCGUCGGCUCGACCGAUGGUCGUGGCUCGUCCCAUGGGUCCCAUCCUUCCGACCCA